AAAACUACUACUGCUCUGCCGCCCCGUUAUAUCGCUCGACCCCAUUCUCUGGCUCCCAAUGACCUUUGUUGAACGUGAUCGAUGUCUACGAUGGCGCCUUGGCUGGCUACCCAAUAACUACUCAACCAGUUGCCUCUACCAUACAACGCGUACACUUACAAAAGCCCACGUCAUUGACAGCCUUAAGAUACACAAACCGCUUACAGCUUCCCCACACCAUAUCUGACCCCAUCUCUUUUUUUGCUGAAUUUGUUACCCACCAGUCCUUCAGGGCAGCACAAAAUACGGUGCCACGCUUGGACACUUCGAUGGCCCACUCUGCAGCUAAUACUAUCUGAAGUUGACUACCUCCAACAUAAUAAAGAGCCUCCAACACCGCCAGAAAACCCAGGACAGCUACUCUUGGAUUGGAUGUAUGCGCCCGCGUUAAUUACACCUUGAUCGUUCCGUUAUUCCUUAGUUUGCCUCUGAUCAUCUUCCCUUUUUCCUUUGUCCCGUUAAAGGUUUUUUAAUUCCCUCACACUUUCCUUGAACCUCCCCGGGCAAUUUUGAUAGGUAUUUAUCUGUGUGCUCAUUGGGUAAAAUUUCAUUGUAAUAAAAUAUCUC